CUGUCUGUUCUUCUCCCUUUACUUCCAGCUGAACCCAAAAUGGAGACAUAUGUAGUGAGGAUAGCUUACAGAGCACUUGCAGCCAACCACCCCUCUCCUCGUUUUUAUCGAUAAUUCGAACGUAAGGUGUCCCAAAAAAGCUUGGUGAGAACUAGCGCCCAAUCAUAUUAGGAUCCCGGAGAUCGUGAACUGAGUCACAAGCCACCAGGAGAAAAAUGCAAAAAAUGUUUCCAACUUCCUGGUAAGUGGUCUAGUACCACCUUUUCGCAUACCUGUUUUUAUUGUAGGAACAAUAAUUAGUUGAAAGAGUCGACGAAUGCCGAAAAGUAAGAUUCCUGCUUCAGCUGGAAGGAAAAACCCGAAGGUUGAAAAAAAGGCUGCCCUACUUGUGCCCAAAACGCCUAUCAGUGAAUUGCAGCUCCACCACAAAACCACAUGCAAUCGGAAAUAUGGGUUCCAAUCCCUCGGAACACAUUGUUUACGUUACAUAUCACCAAGGGCCAAGGAACUCAUCGAAUCCCAGAAAGAGGGUUCUUCAGAGCAAAGAGUUUUCCAUGUGGCUGCCUUUGACCUCGACGACACUCUCAUCAAGACGAAAACAGGAAUGAAGUUCUCCCGUUCGGCUGACGAUUGGAAGUGGUGGAAUGAGAAUGUGCCGAAGAAGGUGGCCGACUGGCUGGAGCAACCAUUCCCGGCGGAUACACCGGCCAACACCUCCAGGGUGAUCGUUGUUUUUACUAACCAGGGAAGUGUGGUCAACACCGCCAAACCCACAACCCCGUCCAAGUCCCUGGACACACUUAUUGAGAAGCUGAACCAGAUAGCUAAUUCCCCUGCACUAGCUGGUGUGCCACUCCUGGCCUACGCUGCCACGAGGAAAGGUGCUGCUGACAAAAAGGCCCAUCUCGGGAGCCCACCAGAGCUUCACGACGAAUUUCGCAAACCUAACACUGGUAUGUGGAAGCAGUUGCAGCGUGACUUGGCACCGGGAACCCCAGCUUUGGACGUGAGCUUUUUCGUUGGAGAUGCUGCUGGCAGGAAGAAGGACUUCAGUGACUCCGAUGUGAACUUUGCACGUGCGCUCGGUUUGCGCCACAUUGUCCCGGAGGACUUUUUCACAUAGAAAUGUGAUAUGUAAUUUAGGAGGGACCCUGGGAGGAUAAAAAGUAAGUGUACGCCGGCCUUCGCCCCUGGUGUACUUCUUGU